GUCGGUGCCGCGGUGCGUGUUGACGCAGCGGGUUGCAGCUGGUGCGUCAGGAGGAGAGACAGAGACAGAAGAUGCCAUAACAGCAUCACCGACCGUCAGUCCGUUUGGUUCAGUCUGAUCCGCUACCUGUCCCUGGUACCGGCCCCGGUCCGUGUCCCUGUCCCUGGUACCGGUACCGGCUCCGGGACGCCUCUGAUGCUCAGUCCGCCUCGCAGCGCGUCAGAACGGGUUCUAAUCUGCGGAGAGAAGCGGCGGAGCGGCGGCGGCAUCUGGAGCGGCAGAGGAGGAUGCUCUGGGGUUUCCCAGCAGGCCUGUGAAGAUGAGUGUGACAUCAUGGUUCCUGGUGAGCAGCUCGGGGACUCGACACCGCCUCCCCAAAGAGAUGAUCUUUGUGGGCCGAGAGGACUGUGAGCUCAUGCUGCAGUCUCGCAGUGUCGACAAACAACACGCCGUCAUCAACUACAACCUGACGACUGACGAACACCUGGUGAAAGACCUGGGCAGCCUGAACGGGACGUUUGUGAACGACCUCAGGAUUCCUGAUCAGACCUACAUCACCCUCAAACUGUCCGACAUCAUCCGCUUCGGAUACGAUUCUCACGUCUACAUUUUGGAGAAAAGUCAACACAAAGUUCCAGAGGAGGCUCUGAAGCAUGAGAAGUACAGCAGUCAGCUGCAGAUCAGUCUGAAGGCUUCAGAGAAGAAGACGGAGCUGGAGGACCGAACGAGAGCCGACAAAACACCCGGUACAAAAAGUACACAAGUUGCAGAGGCUCCGGGGUGUCGGCCCACUCCUCUGUACGGUCAGCCAUCUUGGUGGGGAGAGGAGGAUUAUGGGAGUAAAGUUCAUAGCGGCGAUGAACCUCAUGCAGAAGUCCAGAAGGACUUGUUGUCAGACUCCCAACCAAAGACCGCCUUCCCUCCGUACCACCGUGAGCCGAGCUACUUCGAGAUCCCCACCAAGGACUUCCAGCCCCCCAAAACCUUGGGGGCGGAGCUUCAGGAGAUCCCCACCAAGGACACGGACACGCCCCCGGCCCCGCCGUCGCCCCCCACCCCGACCCCGCCCGUCGUUCAGAGCCACGCCUCCUUCACCAUCGAGUUUGACGACUGCAUGCCCGGCAAGAUCAAGAUCAAAGACCACGUCACUAAGUUCUCCACCCGCCAGAGGAAGCAGCACGCUCCGCACCGCAGGACCGCCAUCCCGACAGCCACGCCCUCAGACGUGAUGUCAGCGGAGUGCAAAGUGGCUGAUUGGCUGGUCCACAGUGAUGUCACCAUGAUGAUGAGACGUCCAACAUGCGAUGAUGUUUACAGCACUAAGAGUGACCUCGCCAUAAACAUCAAGACCCUCAAAGGUCACCAUCAUGAAGAUGGAACCCAGAGUGACUCAGAGGACCCGGUUCUCAACGGAGGGAGGAGUAAAUCUCACCACUCUAUCCAAUCAGAGCAGUCCGAGGCGUCGCAGCAGACGGUUCAAUCAGGUCCGUCCGUCCCCUGCCAGCCGCCUGCUCCACCACAGAUGCUCCACCAGCCACUGCAGUACUCUCCACCCGGACCGGCCCCGGCCUCACCUGUGGCCCCUGAGCGGCCCCUGUCCCAGAGUCCCCCUCAGGCUCAGUCUCCCACCACAGAAGUGCCCAAGCAGGGGCCCCCCGAGCACCUCACCCAGCAGGCCUUCAUCAUCGAGUUCUUCGACGACAACCCGCGCAAAAAGCGCUCGCAGUCCUUCACGCACAACCCCGCCCACGCCGACUCGUACUCCGCUCUGAAGGCCAAGCUGGAGCGGCGGAAAGGCGGCGAGCGGCCGGCGUCUGUGCACGGCCACAUUGCCCCCACCCAGCAGGUGACGGUUCCCCUGAAGGGUCAAGGCCACGGCGGCCCCCAGAGGUCGAGCUCUCUGAAGAGGGAGAAGACGGAGGGGGAGGUGGCCUCCUCUGGUUCCUCCUCUCGAUCCUCCUCGGGUAUCGCCAUCAGACCCUUCGGCAGUGUCGGGAAGAAGUCCAAGCUCGCCCAGGAGUUCGCCGCUGAAUUCCUGAAGGAUUCUGGUCAACGGGAUUCCUCCCCAACGAGGGACAAGAUUUCCCCUCCGCCGAUGUCUGCACCGCCGGUUAUGGUGUCGCCUCAUCACGCAAGAAUUCCCUCCCCACAAGAACCUCCAGCUCCUUCCCCAGUCUCCUACCCCAUGCCCCCCAUGACCCCCAUGCCCCUCAUGCCCCUCUUACAGCCUCCACCAAUGUCAAAGGCCUCAAUCCCCACCAAGGCUGCUGUCCAGACCGCCUCUCCGGUCCACUCCUCUGGGCCGCCCAUGUCCCCCAUGCUGCCCCUGGGCAUCCGUGCAGGGGACCCCAAAGCUUCCCAGAGGGUGAUGAGGAACGAGGAGGACGACAGCCUGAGUGACGCCGGGACCUACACCAUCGAGACGGAGUCACAGGACAAAGAGGUGGAGGAGGCUCGCAACAUGAUCGAUCAGGUGUUUGGUGUCCUCGACUCUCCAGAGUACAGUGGUGUGAACACAGGAGUGUAUAGACCUGUAAUAAAUGAUGGCAAGGAUGAGCAAGCUAACCUGCCUAGCGAUGGUAGCACUGUGGACCCGUUGCAUGGCUUUAUCCCAGCUGCUAUCAGCGGCCCCCCAACCGGCCCCAUACAGGUACCGUCUGCUCAGGCAGCAGGUCUGGAAGGACCCAAAUGGGUUUCCCGUUGGGCCAGUCUGGCAGACAGCUAUGCUGAACCCGGUUCCACUCCGCCUCAAGGGGAAUGUCUGGAAGAUUUGCGCCUCCUGAGCCGGUCGAUGGGAAAUUACAGCUACGACACCUCUGAGACGGAGUCCAGCCACAGCUCCAGGACAAGAAGGCUGCUGCCCCAGGUGCCUCCAGAGAAGCUGGAUAGUGCUCCCCCGAGUAUCCUGAUUCGCCAUGAACCUUACCAAGGCCCGGAACCUCCUCGGGGCCCACAGGACUCCACCCAGCGCCUGUCCGUUCAGGACGACGUGGACCCGGACAGCCUGAGUGACGCCAGCCGCUCAGAUGACGUACCUGUUCUGGAGAAAACAAAGAAGAAUCAGGCCAGGACGGGAUCUUUGUCUCCAGGGGCCACUGGUCCUCAGUUCAAGGGUCCGGAGAAAGUGUCUCCUUCCACCAAAUCCACCUCCUUUUACAUCGGUUCUGAAGAAAGUCCAGGCAAACCUGACCGGGCCCGGAGCCCAGUACAGUCUGAGAGGACACGUGACCCUCCUGCAAAACCCCCCCCUACCACCGUCCUGAUUCGACACCUGAGUGGACAUGAACCCAGGAGGACAGGCGUCAAACCCAACAGCUCUGCUCCAGACCUCCAAAUGCAGGACAAGGAUUCUGUCCCCACUAAAGACAGCUGCAUGUCGGCCAUCGUCCGGCAGGAGAGCUUCACCAAAGACCGGCCCAGCGACACGGUCCAGAUGAAGAAGCUUCCCCACAUCUCCAGCCACCCGUCCAUCAGAGACAUGGAGCAGAGGAGGGAGAACUUUCAGGAGACCGAGGGAACUCUGUCCUCUCUGGACUCUAAGUUCCCCUCGUCCGGCUCCGGUCGUAGCUCAAAGAAAGGAGGCUCCUCCACCCACAUGGACGACUCCCUUUCUGGCGAGUCAGAUGUGGACACGGCGAGCACCGUGAGCCAGGUGAGCAGCAAGAACGCUCCAGUCAGCUCUAUUUCUAAAAAACGUGGCGUCAUCAGCAGCCUCCAAAAGGAGAAGUCCUCUUCCAACCCGUCCAUCCAACAGAAGGGACGGCAACUCUCUGCCCGCGAACGGCUUACCGAGAAACGCCGAAACCAGACGACUACAGAUACGUCGAGCAAGGCAGAGGCAGCGAAGCGCUUCCAGAUGCGCCGCAGUGCGGGCAACCGCGGAUCUCUGGAUCUGUCAGAGGGCCAGCAGGGUUCUGGUCCACACUGGACCGAAACAACAUCGUCUGACCAUGAAGUUUCCCGUCCGUCCAGCCGUAGCAAGAAACUCAUCGCCCCCCUCCAGAAAGAAGACAACGGAAAGACGGCCAAGACGGCAGCUCAGCAGGUUCUGACACGGUCCAACAGCCUGUCAGCACCGCGGCCAACCCGGGCAUCCAUGCUCCGCCGAGCGCGCCUAGGUGAGGCCUCGGAUAAUGAAGGUGCUGAGACGGACCGGGGCUCCCAGAACUCUGACCACAUCCCUGCGCCGUCCAAAGCGUCUGCCGAGGCGAAGAAGCUGUCCAGGCUGGACAUCUUAGCGAUGCCCAGGAAGAGAACCGGCUCCUUCACGACUCCCAGUGACAACGAGACGUCCUCCACGGGCCGCUCCGGUUUCUCUAAUCGGAACUCUGAGUCCUCCGUCACCACCAGGAAGACGUCGGUGGGCGACGCCCGCCAGGCAGCUAGCAAAGGGGGUGGAGCUCUGGGGAAGCAGCCGCCGACCCGUACCCGGUCCAGCGGAGCCAAGUACCCCAGCGCCGGUUCCCGUCGCAGACAGAAGGGCUCCGACUUCUCCUCGUCCUCUGAGGAAGAAUACGACAUGGGUGCCGGGAAUCCCAAAUCCAAACGCUCCUCCCAUCCCUCCACUUCCUCCCACCAGACGCCACGCCACCGGACGGCCGCCACCCGAUCCAAGUCCGUCUCCCUGGAGACAGAGGAGGACGACGACCAGAGCGAGGUCGACCCCUACCAGAACUGGUCCACGCACAGCGCAGAGAUCGCCAAGCUCAGUCAGGACCUGGCCAAAGAUCUGGCCAUCCUGGCGAAGGAAAUCCACGAUGUCGCUGGGGACGGAGACUCGCCGAGCUCCGGCAUGGGCACCGUCACCUCGCCGACCUCGCUGCCCAACACACCGGCCUCCACCAUGUCUGCCAGGGAGGAGAGGCCAUCUUAUCCAUACUUCCAUGGGGUUCGACCAUCUCAGCUGGUCCAACAUAUCCCCGAGGCCAGUUUAAACUACCAGAAGGUUCCUCCAGGUUCUGCUGCCGUCUCGGACCUGGACGCAAACAUGAAUGAGCCGGAGACCGGUUCUAAGCAACGCCGUCCGUGGAACCGCGAAGAGGUGAUUCUGGACAACCUGAUGCUGAAUCCAGUGUCUCAGCUGUCUCAGGCCAUCCGGGAGAACACGGAGCAGCUGGCCCAGAAAAUGAAGGUUUUGUUCCAGAACAAGGCGGAGGUCUGGGAGGAGAUCGAGGCCAAGAUCAACGCUGAGAAUGAAGUCCCCAUCCUGAAAACCUCCAACAAGGAAAUUACCUCCAUUUUGAAAGAGCUGAGGAGAGUCCAGAGGCAGCUGGAAGUCAUAAACACCAUCGUGGAGCCCGGCGGCGGUCUCCAGACUGCAGCCUUCGGGACAACGCCUGUCGGUCAGACGCGACCAUCCUCGAGGGAGAAGAAACCCGCCGCCAAACCCCGCGCCGCCCCCACGGCCUCCAACGCCAACGCAAGCACCAAAAGACCACCUCGUGGACCCGACGGGGCUCACUACAUGGCCUGAACGGGCCGACGUAGCACCUCUGGAUGGUAACUCUGUAUCCACACCGCCCGCAGCCACGCGGCUCUGCCUCUGUCCAGCAAUCAGUCUCAGCUGGUUACUGGCUGUAGCACGAGAGGCAGGAGCGUCUAGAUCAGCUUCAGUACGGCGAGAAAAUCAUGAGGACGCAUGUUCAGAAGAGGUGCUGGCACAGGGUUUAUCAGCAGGCAGCUUAUGGGCCGUACACAUGCCGCGUCUAAAACACGCGUGGAAAACACCAGCCGUGCCGCUCUCAUCCUUUUAUCCAAGGUGCUGGGAUGCUCCGCUCCUGUCGUGCCUGCCAUUAUGAAGCAACCAAAACUUGCGUGCUGCCAUGACGAUGAGGAUGAUGUUGUGGUAAUUUAGCAGGAAGCUUCACUGACUAAAAUAAAGAUAAAUCCCUCACAGUAGCUUUACUGCUCCAU